CAAACACGUCGUAGAAGGAAGACGAUCACCCUCUAUUCAGAAGGCGGCGGCCCAGACAGGAUGCAAGGAUGGCGGCUACUAAGUGCAUAAGUGUGGAUGUUUUAUCCCAGACUCAAGGAGCCUUCGCUUCUAGAAAGCAGCCCAGAAAAAACCCAGCUGCUAGGGCUUUGGUGCUAACCUCAUGCAUUCUGACAGAUCAAGGGGAUAAACGCAGCGUUGUUGCAGGAAAACCUGCUGCCUUAACCCAGAGCCGUUUGUUAGGGGUUAGCCAGGACAGGUGUUGCUUUGACGGGGGGCAGUUGUUGCCGAAGAGCAGUGGCAAGAUGACCGCCCGGCACUCGCGGUUGAGGGCCUCGGUGGAUAGUCAACAAACAGAAAAAGCUGCCGCAGACUCAGCGCCAGCCUCAACACGCGAUGUCACAAGCACGCCCCCCGAAACCACCAAUCAGCAGCCCCCUCUUGAUCCUACGCCCCCUCGACACAAGCGGUAUGUUUUCGGGGUGGAGGCGACACCGGACACAUUGGCGAUUGCAAUGGUGUACUUUGUCCAGGGGGUCUUGGGGCUGUCGAGGCUAGCGGUCAACUUCUUCUUCAAAGAUGAGCUGGGGCUCGAUCCUGCAGAGACCGCAAUCCUCACCGGCAUCUCCGCCUUUCCCUGGCUCAUCAAACCCAUCUACGGAUUCAUCAGCGACGGGCUGCCCCUGUUCGGCUACCGGCGCCGCUCGUACCUCGUUCUCUGCGGCCUGAUCGGGGCCGCUUCGUGGGGUUAUUUGGCGCUGUUUGCGGAUAACAAAUACGUGACAGUGGCUGCGACCGUGCUCAGCUCGCUUUCGGUGGCCUUUUCGGAUGUGGUCGUUGACUCAAUGGUGGUGGAGCGGGCUCGAGGGGAGUCGCAGUCGAUGGCGGGGUCCCUCCAGUCGCUGUGCUGGGGCUCGUCCGCGGCAGGGGGCAUUGUCAGCGCCUACUUUAGCGGGUCGCUUGUCGAAGAAUACGGCACCAGGUUUGUGUUUGGCGUGACAGCAUUCCUACCGCUCAUCACUUCUGCCGUAGCAGGCCUUGUCCAAGAAAAGCCCGCCGCCCCUUUUCACCACCACUCCGUCCCCAGCACCGUCGACAAUGUAAAUACGCCCCACCCGACCGAAAACGGACACGCAGAACCAGUUUCCCAAAACGGCCACCGAAGCGAGGCCUUGUCAGCGAACGGAGAGUCGAUAGAAGGCGGGGGUAUGGAACCGGGGAGCCAAAAACAGGGCCCGGAGGCGGGGGGGCUCUCCGGGGUGAUCGAGACUUCGAAAGAGCAGUUGCUUUACCUGUGGGAGGUGAUACGAGAACCGGCGAUUCUGCUGCCGACGCUCUUCAUCUUCUUCUGGCAAGCGACGCCGCAGUCGGAGACGGCCAUGUUCUUCUUCACCACCAACCAGCUCCACUUCGGCCCCGAGUUCCUCGGCCGCGUCCGGCUGGUGACGUCAGCGGCCUCGCUCCUGGGCGUGGGGCUGUUCAACUCGAGCCUCAAAGAGGUCCCGCUGCGCCGGAUCUUCAAGUGGACCACAAUUAUCGGAUGCACGCUCGGAAUGUCGCAGCUUCUGCUGGUGACUGGGACGAACCGCGCGCUUGGGAUCGACGACCAGUGGUUCGCGAUGGGGGAUUCGCUCGUGCUGACGGUUCUGGGGCAGGUUUCCUUCAUGCCAAUUCUGGUUUUAGCUGCACGCAUUUGUCCGGAGGGGAUCGAGGCCACGUUGUUUGCCACGCUCAUGUCAAUAAGCAACGGGGCGGGCGUCCUAGGGGGAGCAAUUGGAGCUUGGAUAACUGGCGCACUCGGCAUUACGAGUACCGAGUUUACAAAUUUGCCUUUGCUACUGCUGAUAACGAAUCUUUCGAGUUUGCUAGUAUUGCCAUUCUUGCGGUUGCUGCCCAGUGAAGAAGAGCUGGAAGCAACUGCUAGUGCUGUUGAAGACAAGAUUGACGCUGUAAAGAGUAAGCUUAAGUAGAGGCAUCACGCGUAGUUGUUGACCAACGGCCAGAUUUUGCUUCAAGUGGUAGGCCCGAGGGCGGCCUUUAGUCUUACAGAAAGCGUUCAUAAUUUCAAUACAAAUUGACGUGUAUUGCCGCAUGGCUGCCCUCGCUAUGCCAUGGAGCCACGCACAGGAUAAUGAAUCAAUGUAU